CUUUCUUAGGCGCUCAGAAAUUGGAUCUUCUCGCACUUCUCUUUCAUUAUCCACCAUGUUCCGCUCAGCACUCACAAAGUCUGGACUCAGCUCUGCAAUAGCACCAAAGGCUGCAAGAGCUGGUAUUGCACCAGUGCUAGCCCGUGGUUACCAUGAGAAUGUUAUUUCGCAUUACGAGAGCCCAAGAAAUGUAGGCUCUCUACCCAAGCACGACGUUGAUGUCGGUACUGGGUUGGUUGGAGCACCUGCGUGUGGAGAUGUCAUGAAGCUCCAAAUCCGAGUAGACGAAAGUGGCAUCAUUAGUGAUGUAAAGUUCAAGACGUUUGGUUGCGGUAGCGCCAUUGCUUCGAGUUCAUACAUGACCGAGCGUGUCAAGGGUCUUACCCUUGAGGAGGCAGGGAAAAUCAAGAACACUGAAAUUGCCAAAGAGUUGUGUCUUCCUCCUGUGAAGCUUCAUUGCUCAAUGCUGGCAGAGGAUGCUAUUCGUUCCGCUAUUCGGGAUUAUCGGUCAAAGCGGAGUAAGUUGACUGAAGGUCACAAAGCGGGCUUCAUCGAUGUAACCCAGAGUGUGGUUACCGGGGAGACAGUAGCCACUGCACAUCCUGGUAUUCCUGCAUAAAUAGACAUUUUCUCAGGUCGAGGUUUCUCUGUGUGCUGUCUUUGUGCACGUCCCAUCAUUUUUUCCCACAUGCAUGUUCGCAUCAAUUCCCGCAUUUAUGUUCACGUAUUCUUAAAAUGUCCUAGGAUGAUUAGUAGUUAGUCGUGUAUUACUACCUCGCAAUGAAAGUUUUAAUGCUA